GUAUCUUAUUUAGUAGAAAAAGGGUAUGAGGGACCUUAGGGGUAUUUUUAUCAUUUUUAUUAUUUUAUCCAGGGAUAACUAAUCUUGAUACUAUUAUUUCACCCUGAUAAUUUAUCCCGGUGCUAUUUCUAAUCCGGAUAUAACUUAUUUCAGAAUUCGUAACCAAAUAAGGAAUAAGGUGGUACUAAAUUUUUCUCCCAAGACUAUUUAGCAUACUAAAGUAACAGGACGAAAUUUAAAAAGGGAGCCUCUUUUGAGGUCAUCUGUGGAGACACGGGAUAGGUAUGAACUCAAGAAAGUCUCAGCUCGAAAUUUCUCUGAAGCUGGUGAUUAAUUUGGUUUCUGAAGUCAACUCUCUACAUCUAAAUUUUUUUAAUGCCUCUUUGACUUUGAAAACAAUUCAAGAGAAACCAAUAGUAGUUUAUCUUGAGAGAAUUUUUUAAAAUGGUCACUCAAGUUAAGGAAAUCGUCUAUCAAAUUUUAAUUAAAAUGGGUUUGAGUCCCACAUAGUAUAUAAAGUAGUUUAUAAAGUACCAACUAAGAUUUCCGGUAGGGUAAAGUUCAAAAUCCGGCAGUCAUAUCUUUAAAAUAUAAAGUCAGAUUUGAGUGACUUUAUUGAUAUAAAAUAAAGCAAAGUGACUUUACCACACAAUUUUCUUAACUUGAGUGACCAUUUGAGAAAUUCACGCUAGUGUAUCUAUGGAGAAUUAUAUGGAUAGCAUUGAUGAGAAUACUCGGAAAUUUCAGGAUUGCGAUGUCUCUUCUAGGGCUGAGAAGAUGGUUAGUUAUAAGGGAAAGGAAAUAGUUGCUUAUGAGGAUCAAAUUGAAGAAAGCAACAUAUGGUUAGAGAGAGAUUUUCGUCAGUUGAAUGAGUGUUAGAGGGAAUUCCUCUAAAAGAAUAGCUGAGAAUGAUGAGGAAUAUCAGGCAGAAAAAAAGCCAAAAGGUGGAAACUUGAAUCUUUCUUUGGCUUUACCUGAUGUUGAUAUACAAUCUUCACUUGAACUAUCAAAUAACAACACAAGGAUCGGCUAUUUCAGGAACGGCUCCUUGUUGUCGUGCUAUUCCCAUCCUUUCUCCCACAACCUAAGCUACUCGCUUACCCUGAGUUCGGAAGAGGAUAGUGAGUAUUCUGUCAAGGGACUUAAUUGGUCGGAUUUUACAUUGCCUUGUGGAAGUAGUUUAGCUCUAAAUUUUAAACUGGUCAAUAAGGAAAUACUAUGUGAUAAUGAUAUUGAUAGGAUUAGCAGCUCCAAUAGCAAUUCGCUUUUCCUGUUCGAGUUGCCUGCAAGACCAACAGGCGAUUCGAGAGUAUCAGGAAGUAUGGAUCCUUGGAGAAUCCUUGGAGAAAUAGUUUCGCAGUGUGUUCCUCAUAUGGCUCAGAUGUACAAGAACUUCCUGAUGGAACAGUUGAAUCAGCAAAAGAAUACUUCAGAAACCUAA